CAAGCCAUCACAGCGUUGCGACUCAGAAGAUCAAGCGUCUGGCUCUCCCUUCAUCUCCGCUGCCACAACACCUUGCAGCCGCAUCACCUUCGUUGCUGCACCUGCCACACCUCUUGCCGCCUUCCUCCCUCCACCCGACCAUUCACCUAGUAGCCCAUCAUGGCAGGCGCAAUGGCCAACGCAAAGAAGGGGCCCAAGAUUCGCGAUGAGGAGAAUGAAGCCAACUACGGCUCCAUCUUCGGCAUCUCCGGCCCCGUCGUCAUCGCAGAGAACAUGAUCGGCGCCAGCAUGUACGAGCUGGUUCGUGUUGGACACGACGAGCUCGUCGGAGAGAUCAUUCGUAUCGACGGCGACAAGGUCACGAUCCAAGUCUACGAGGAGACGUCGUCCGUCAGUGUGGGAGACCCAGUUCUCGCCACAGGCAAGCCCCUCUCCGUCGAGUUGGGCCCCGGUCUCAUGUCCAAUAUCUACGACGGUAUUCAGCGCCCUCUUGAGGCAAUCAUGAAGAAGAGUGAGGGAAUCUACAUCCCUCGUGGAAUCAGCACCCAGCCUCUUGACCGCGAGAUUCAGUGGGACUUCGACCCCGUCAACUUCAAGCAGGGAGACCACAUUGCUGGGGGUGACAUCUACGGUCACGUCUUCGAGAACUCACUCCUCAAGACGCACAAGAUCAUGCUGCCCCCUAGAGCCAGGGGUACAAUUACGCACCUCGCAGAGAAGGGUUCCUACGGUAUUGAUGACACUGUCAUUGAGGUUGAGUUCGAGGGAAAGAAGUCCAAAUAUUCGAUGUGCCAACUCUGGCCCGUCCGAGCUCCUCGCCCCGUCACUGAAAAGUUGACGGCAGACAACCCCCUCAUCACCGGUCAGCGUGUCCUCGACUCCCUCUUCCCCUGCAUCCAGGGAGGUACCACUGCCAUUCCUGGCGCCUUCGGAUGCGGCAAGACGGUUAUUUCUCAGGCUCUCUCUAAGUAUUCGAACUCGGACAUCAUCACCUACGUCGGCUGUGGUGAACGAGGUAACGAGAUGGCUGAAGUACUCGCCGAGUUCCCCGAGCUCUCCCUCGAGACGGCAGACGGCAAGGAGGAGCCCAUCAUGAAGCGCACGACUCUGGUAGCCAACACAUCUAACAUGCCCGUAGCAGCGCGAGAGGCCUCCAUCUACACAGGUAUCACCCUCUCCGAAUACUUCCGUGACCAGGGCUACAACGUCGCAAUGAUGGCAGACUCUACUUCUCGCUGGGCUGAGGCUUUGCGUGAGAUUUCGGGUCGUCUCGCAGAGAUGCCUGCCGACUCUGGUUACCCUGCCUACCUGGGUUCAAAGCUGGCUGGAUUCUACGAGCGUGCAGGCAAGGUCACUGCGCUGGGAUCGCCGGAGCGUCAGGGGUCCGUCUCCAUCGUCGGUGCCGUCUCUCCACCUGGUGGAGACUUCUCUGACCCAGUUACUGCUCAGACGCUCGGUAUCGUCGGUACCUUCUGGGGUCUGGACAAGAAGCUUGCACAGCGCAAGCACUUCCCCUCCGUCUCUCCUACCGUCUCUUACUCCAAGUAUCUUUCCGCGUGCUCCAAGACCUGGGGUGACGAGACGCUCAAGCUGCGUAAUGAAGCAAUGGACAUCAUCCAGCAAGAAGUCUCACUCCUCGAAAUCGUCCAGCUGGUCGGCAAGUCUGCCCUCGGAGAGAACGACAAGGCCACCCUCGACCUUGCCUCGCUCCUCAAGAACGACUACCUCCAGCAGAAUGGUAUCUCGGAGUACGACGCCUACUGCCCUUGGUGGAAGACGGUUUGGAUGCUCAAGAACAUCAUCGAGUUCCACCGCGAGACGCAGAAGGCCAUCAAUGAGAGCAAUGGAGAGAUGACCUGGGCCAAGAUCAAGGAGCACAACAGCGAUAUCAUGUACAGGCUGACACAGAUGAAGUUCGAGCUGCCCAAGGAUGGCAAGGAGAAGAUUGAUGAGAAGAUGGAGAAGCUCAACAGGGAUCUGCAUGAGAGCUUCAGGUCGCUGCAGGAUUGAGCGGGAAGGGACAACGCAGCGAUCUACUGCUUUCUUCCUGACAUUGUCUCUCUUCGUUCUUUUCAUUACAUGUUUUGCCCGCUUCUCUUCUCUUCGCGUUUUCCAGGCUCUGCAGUGAAUUACAUAUGCUUCACAUUUCUUCCUUCUCCACUGUAGGAUACAGUACACCUACUCUUUCCUUUCCCCUGCGCACCUCGCUCACCAUCCCAUUCCUACAUUC